AGGAGAUUUAGAUCCUCAGCUGAAAUACUUUUGUUUGCGCUCUGGGCUACAGCAACUCCGCCGAACUGGGAUAUAUUUAACUAAAAAAACACUUUUUAUAGUGUCUAAACUGGACUUGACAGAGCAAGGUUUAAUAAGCAGCGACUGGACGGUGUUUUUUGGGGUGAGCUAGGAAGCGAAGCUGCCUGCCAUGCCUUUCACUAGAGCCAAAUCUACGGCGAGCAAGACGUCCAAACUGAGCGCUGCAGCCACAGAGAACCAGGAAGAGGCCUCACAUGUAAAGAGGUCCUCCUCCCCUCCUCAUGGAGCUCCAAAGAAAAGAACUGCUUUUAUCGACAUCACCAAUGCUCAUAAGGUGCAGAUCAGCCUUCCUGGGAGGAAGAAGGGGAUAACAAAGACGACAGUGGGAAAGAAGAGCAGCUCCACCUUGGUUCAGUCCAAGAAUCAAGCAAACCUUAAAAAGUCAUCAUCUGUGAGCUCAGAGGAAUCUACAGCUGAGAACGAGAGAAUAAACGUCGAGGAGGACAAGAGGAAAGAGGAGCUGCAGAGGGAGGAACCGACUCCUGCCGAAGAGCUUCUAGAUGCUUUACCGCCGGUUGUUAAGGAAGUGCCAGCACACCUUCGGAGGCAGCAUAUCCCUGAAGAGUUCGACAUCGACUCUGAGAACUUUGAGAACUCUGAGGGGUUUUAUCUGUGCCCCGAGUAUGCAAAGGAUGUUUUUGACUACCUCAAAAAGAGAGAGGAAAAGUUCGUCCUUUCCAACUACAUGCACAAGCAGCCGAACCUCAGCCCAGAGAUGAGGGCGAUCCUGAUCGAUUGGCUGGUUGAAGUACAGGAGAACUUUGAGCUGUGCCAUGAGACCCUCUACAUGGCCGUGAAGAUGACAGACCACUAUCUGUCAGAAACGCCCAUCCAAAGGCAGAUGCUGCAGCUCGUCGGCUCCACCACCAUGCUGAUCGCUUCCAAGUUUGAGGAGCGCUGUCCACCGGCUGUUGAAGAUUUCCUUUACAUUUGUGACGAUGCGUACAAAAGGGAGGAGCUCAUCGACAUGGAGGCCAGCAUUCUGCAGGCGCUUUCGUUUGACAUUAACAUUCCCAUCCCUUAUCGGUUCCUCAGACGCUACGCCAGGUGUGUGAGUGCCAAGAUGGACACCCUGACUCUGGCUCGUUUCUACUGCGAGAUGAGUCUGAUGGAGAUGGACUUUGUUUCGGAGCGGGGCUCGCUGCUGGCAUCAGCCUGCCUGCUGAUGGCGCUGGUCACCAAAGACCUGGGAGGAUGGUCUCCCAUCCUGCAGUUCCACUCCGGCUACCAGGCGUCUGAUUUGAUGCCUUGUGUCAGAAAGCUCCACUCUAUGCUUCUAGCGCCACCUGACGAUAAACUGAAAACCAUCAGGAACAAAUAUUCUCAUAAGGUGUUUUUUGAAGUUGCUUCUCUUCCCCUGGUUGACAUUGAUGUUUUGGAGAAAGUCUUAGCCUCACCAUGAAGAUGGAAAAACGGGUCCAAGUGGAGGGAAACCUUCCCUUAGGAAACCUUUGUACAUAGUUUGUUGAUAUGUUAAAUAUUUAUAUGUAGUCCAGUUUGUUUUUCCAUGUGAUAUUGGAAAUAAAACCAGUUCAGAAGGAGUGUUUUCCAUGUGGGCAUUGUUAUCAACAUGUUAAAGAGUUAUUUUAAUGUAGGAUUUUUUUCUUUGUUGUUUUUAUACUUAUGUUUUUUUUAUAAGAAGAAUGAAAUGUUUAUCCGUUAGUAAUGCGUCACCUCCUCUGUGUAUAUUUACUAAUUAAUUAUGCUCUGGCCCACAAGUUUUAGACGUUUCCAAACACUGUUAGCAGCUAUGCUUGCUUUUAUGUUUGUACAGUGUUUAUCAUGUUAUUAAUCUAAUAUUUUGUAUAGAAAACGACCAAAUAAUGCUCUGUUUUUUUUUUUUUUUAUGGGCGUUAUGCAUAGUCUCAAAAUAAAGAACU